AUGGCGGACACGAGAGGUGGAGGUGGUGUUGUUUGCAACGACAGGUGCGGCUGUCCUUCUCCAUGCCCCGGCGGCAUCGCCUGCAAGUGCAGGUCCAGCGAGACGGCGACCGGAGAUGAUCCCAACAUGCAGCACAGGGAGUGCUCCUGCGGCAAGCACUGUGGCUGCAAUCCCUGCACUUGCUCCAAGAGUGUGGUGAGUGGACCCGGAAAGGACUUCUGCAAGUGCGGGAAAGAUCGCCCUUUCAUUUAUGCUGCCAGUGAAACCCUCCAACGCAGUCAUAUCCUACAACUGCAACUCCACUCUCCAGGAGUAGGAGGGAAUGCUGGUUUAGCAUGCAAUUUUGGUGAUAGCUCCAGAUAUAAAUAUGAAUGA